GAGAGAGAGAGAGGCGUAAUGGGGAUCAUAUUAUGUGCAAGAUACGCAAAUGGAGCAGCACCAUAAGCUGUUAUUGAAGCCAUUGUGACGAUUGCCCGGGAAAGAGAGAGAGAGAGCGAGAGAGUGACUGGCGCGAUGGAGGGGUGACCGAGAGUGAAUCUAGGGAGCGCAAGGUACGGAGAGAUCGAUAGGGAGGCAGGUCUGUAUAGCGGGGUGCGAGCGUGGCCAAGACUACGAGCCCUCAGUCAGCUGUGCGCCACUCUAGCGCCGCCACCACCGCGGAAACCAGUUCUGCCACAACUACUACACUCCACCGUUCGGCCUCUUGAGCCAUGUGCUGUCCCGGGCUGUGUGAGAGGUGAUGACGGGGAGACAAUGGUGGUGGUGGUGGAGUUUAUGCACCCUGGUGGCAGCAGUGGUGCCUGAGGGGGAAAAUGUGGGCCCAGUUCUACGCGACGCGGGGCGGGCUCCAACCGGCCAUCACUGUCCUGAGAGCUGCUCCUGUCUCCUCCCUGAAGAAGUGGCGUGUCUGGCUACGGGUGGAGAAAAGUACCCGCCUCGUCCGCCCAGUGACAUAACCAAACUCGUCCUGCAAGGUUACGAGUUUGUACCGACACACUUCCUCGCAAACCUUAAAAGUCUUCGCCACCUCGUGGUCAGCGGCAGUCAGGUCGACACACUUGCAUUUUUGCCGCUUCUGCCACAGCUGGAAGUGCUGCUAGUCACCUACAAUCGUCUUCGUUCCCUGGGCGGUGGUCACCUCAGAAAGAACACCCCAGCUCUCAUCCACCUUGACGCAUCUCAUAAUGAACUCAUGUUGCUCAAUACAACUGACCUGGAAGGGCUCCACCAGCUGCGUGUUUUGAGCCUCCACCAUAACCCCAUCUCAGAAGCAAGCACAGAAGCCCUGAAAGACCUCACCUCCCUGACACACCUUGACAUAUCCAAAUCAAAACUUCCAAAGCUUCACUCCCAUUGGUUGGCACAUGCUCAGAACCUAGAGUAUCUUAAUGUGAGUAAUGCAAAUGUAAGCGAAGUUCCACGGAUCCAAGGAGAGAACAUACGUGUGCUUGACGUAUCACACAACUUCCUCACCUUCCUCCCAGAUGGAUUGAUAAUGGCAACAUGCCUGCAAUCCCUAUUCCUGCACCAUAAUCCCCUUCAAACUGUUAAUGAACGCACUUUUAAGGGAGCUAAAUGCCUCCUCCAACUGUACCUCAGCCACACUCCAAUUGUUAACAUUGAUGAAUUUAUUUUUUCUGACAUGCCACAGUUGCUAGAGUUGCACCUUGAACACAAUGAAGACCUGCUCCGGGUUGAGCACGGAGCUUUCACUGGCCUCCACAAUUUGCAGUACUUGAAUCUUGCAGAGACACCAAAUUUGAAAGAAAUUGAGGAAGUUGCCUUUGCAGGCCUACCUCACCUCAUCUCCCUUGAUCUGCGGAAGUCUGGUCUUACGGUGCUACCACUUUCCUUAACCAACUUAGUUAAGCAUAAUACAUCAGUCUUUCUUGCAGGAACACAAUUACAUUGUGACUGCUAUCACUCAUGGCUUCCCAGUUUGCUCACAACCACUGACAUAUCAUCCUGGAAUGGUGUAGAGCCUCUUGCCUGCAGUGAUGGUCAGUUCAGGAGUGCUGCCAGGCUUGCAGCACACAUCAAUGCCUUAGGUUGUGAAAAACCAAAGGCUGUUACUCACUCUGGAGAUCGAGUGGUGGCUAAUAGCAGGCAGAGUGCCUUACUGGAAUGUAAUAUAACAGCUCAUCCUCAACAUACUGUUUUGUGGCUCUCCAAGGAGCACAAAGUCUUCCGAUACAACGGUACCAGCAGCGACCAUGACGACGAAUGGAUCAGCCAUCACAUCCAGCAGAUAGAAGGCUCUGCCAGCCAAGACCUGCGCUUUGAGGUGCUGGCGUCAGGCCACCUCCUUGUCAAAGAUGUGAUCCAUUCUGACAUAGGCUGGUACAAGUGUUUCGCCUACAACAGUGUGGGCAAUACCUCACUCCUAGUAUUCCUGGCCCUGAGCGAUGCUCCUCUACGUACCCUCUACAAUGAGAGUCUCCUCUUCGGCUUUGCGUGCGCCACCCUCUUCCUCCUCAUCACACUCUUCAUCCAACUUCUAAACUACCUCAUGGACAGACUAGGUUGGGCGUGCUGCUGUUGCUGCAAAGAUAGGCUGUCACCGAAAGCCCGGCAGAUAAGGAAGCUGCUGGAGAGUGUGGAAGCAUACAAGACACAGCAGCUCGACCGACUACGAGAGAAUUAUAACUACCAGGUUGUGAGCAUCAAGGACAGUUGCUACCAGCAGAUGGAGCGCAUCAGGGAAAGCUACAGUGCCCAGGGCAAGAACCUUAGGGACCUACGAGACUACAGUACUCAGGGCCUGACUUCCAUGCGAGACCAGUAUCUUGAUCAGGUGAACAAGGUGCGUGACUAUUCAGUGUCGCAGAUGAACAGAGUGAGGGAGAACUAUGUGUUCCAGCGUCAUCGCAUACGCAAGUUUAGUGCCCACCAGCUGUUGCGACUCCGAGAGACCUACAAGUAUCAACAGAAGACUCUGAACAAGAUUCUCGAAAACCUUCCUGACCUCUACUUGCAGAACUGUCGGACUGGAGCCUGUCAGAGGACAGACUCCAUUAUAUUUGAUGAUACUUUGCAUGGGAUCGAUGCUUACUAUAAAGUUGACUUCUUUGACACUCAGAGUCAUCACAGUUCAGAUUACUAUACACCGGCCAGCACUCUUACUCACUCCUUUAGAUCAUCAAAAGGACAAGAGCAUAUAAAGCAACAUUCUCGAACCUCUUCCAACACAUCAAGUGACUUUGUUGAGGCUCAGGCUUGGAUAAGGAGAGAUUCUAGCGCUGUCAGUGGAAAUAGUCCAUCUCGCACCAUCCCAAGCUAUGCCAAAAUACACAAUCGCAGCCUAAGUGUGGCUGGGGCCAGCUUCAACGUGUCUGAUCCAAUAAAGGUACACAAAAGAAGCCAGAGUGCAAGCCAUCCGUACCACAGGGUUGCUCCUGCCCCUGAGACGAGAGGCAUUCCCGCACGGAUCACUUUGUGUGAAGAGACUAGUGACUAUAACCAGACCUCCAUAAACUCCCCUGCCUCAGUUCCAAGUACUCCAGUUCAUAAGAAGAUGGAGUCAAAUUCACCUGCUAAUUCCCCUAAGGCACAAAAAGUGCAAAACAUUGACAAUCUUGACCAAGCCUCUCAGAAAAGGGAGGCAUUUGGUAAGAGUGCUGAUGCCACUCCCCGUAGUAGCUGUGAGACUAAUAAUUCCAGUGCUUGUGAAGAUGACGCAAACUCUGUUCCAAGUGAUGUUUCUGUGCAGCCCAGUGUGGUAGAUAGAGGAGUAGCAUUUGAAACCUCUCUCUAAGCUUCAAAUUAUUUUUCCCUACUAUAAUGAAUACUUGGGAAGAAUAGUAAUGCCUUCUUUUCUUCAGACAUAAUGGUGAGCAGCAUUAUAAAAUUUGGUAGUUCCAAAUUCCUAUAACCCACUUAGUGAGUGGUACAUGCCAAAUUAAUCCAAUCAUAAUAACAAAAAAUAACCAAAGCUAUUUUGAUUGUAUUUGUCUGGGAAGCUAGACCAUGAAGCCACUUGUGCCAACGUUUGUUUGUAAUUAGACCCUUGUAUAGGAUGAUGGUGUUUACUGUUCUAUGUGGAUUGACACUUUCCCUCAGCUGUGCAGCCAUUCAUAUCCCAUGCAGCUGUCUAAUUGCUAUUCCAACGUAUCGUCAACUCAUACCAAAUAUCAUUCAUAUAUUUUCAGGUUAGUGCCAUAAGCAAGAACCAAUUUCCAUCACAUGUUAUUUUUAGGGUUGUUAUUUCAAUAGUUAAAGAAUCUAGGUUGAAGUAAA